CUCCGGCCCGCGCUGUCGGCCCCCGGCGUCGAGUUUGUUGUCGAGUCCGAGGGUCAGUAUCGGGCCUCCCUGCGUUGGAUCUCGGGGAGGACAGAAGCCUUAAUGAAACACUUGCAGAGGAACAACGUUAAGCUGUUACUGUCGAGUGUGAAGCAAGAGGAAGUAGUUAUCUACCAUGCAAAAUUAUACGGCGUAUCUGUGGUAGAGUGCUUAUCGUCGGAAGAAAUUGCCCUUAUCUGUGAAAUCACAGGACUCCCGCCUUAUACACCUUUUGGUAGUAACAUAGACAGAGAAAUCACCGAAGCUGCAGUAGCAACGUUUUGCCAGCCCUUGCUGCUCGGCUCAAAGCGAUGCGUCCACGUUGGCUUCGCCAGUGUGUGCGCCUUCCAGCCUCACUGCCUAAUUCUUUGUGGGCCAGUCGGUGGUGUUAACGAGCAGCAUGCUGCUGCUUUACAAGGGGCGUUUACAAUGCUGCAGCAGCUAUUUAAAACGGUUGAUCAGAGGGAGCAAGGCAAAGCAGAAGGUGAAAGUCAGAAUGAAGCCGCUGAUGUUUGCAGCUGGCGUUCUUCAGCUACUCAGCAGCAACUUGUAAUAGAAAAUAUUGCUUGUAACAGUAAUCAGGUUUCUGAAAGUCAACUGAAGAUGCAUAGGGGUGAAACAGAGACGCAGAUUGUAGACCCUGACUUGUGGAGAAGUGAAAAUCCAACAUGUGUGCGAACAAACUUGCAAGUACUCUCAAAUCCCCUCUCACACAUCAAAGAAUUAAAUGUUUCCACUGAAGGAAAUGACUCUUCAAGAGAUGUACAGAAACCACAUGCAAAAUGCGAGCAUGUGGGUGACGUGCACGAGAACUAUAAAAGUGAUUCACUUGUGGACAAUCAAAAGAAUUACAGUACCGCUGCAUCAGCAGCACAGCGUGCUAAUAUAGUCACUGCAUGUGAACGCCUAGAUGUUGGCAAAGAUCUAGAGAAAACAAGUUGCGAUAUAGUCCCAUUUAAACAUAAAAAGAGUUGUGUAAGUAUUGCACAGAAUAAUUCCAACUCCCUCAUAGAAGCAGGAUCAGUUUUGCCAGUAGGAGGUUAUUUUGAAAUCCUGUUACAUUAUUAUAUUCAGUACUAUGCAAACCAGUUUCAGCAGUCAGAGGUAACUGUCAUAUCUAAUGUAGUUGCUGAUGCUUUGCUAAGUAUUCCCAAGUCGUUAUACAGGGCAACAGAACAAAACAGCUUUACCAAAUUCUAUCUCAAAGCCAUAAAUGCACUCAGAAAAAAUCAGACACUGCCUGUGAAUCAGACAGGCUUAGAAUCAGUGUAUUGUAAAUACCAGUUAGUCAUUUCAGUUCUUCGUUGUGUUACAGAGCUUCUCUCCAUAGAUUUAAUAAUAGGUGUUAAGCGACCACUGCAAAAAAUUGAGGAUUAUGAUUCAGAAGAUGACUUCUGA